AUGUAAUAAUAAGAAAUCAAUCAAGCCCUCAAAAAUCCAUUUUAACCUAUUCUUAAAAAGGUUCUAAAAGUUGAUGAAGAAUUAGAAAGAUUAUCAUCAGAAACAUUUUAUAAUCCUUUUGAUGUUUUGUAUUUGGGCAUGGAAGCAACAGAUGAAGAUAUUAAAAAAAUGUUUAAUUCUUUCUCAAAAUUAUUACAUCCAGAUAAAUGUCAAGAUCCAAGAGCAAAAGAUUGUUGGCAAAUAGUUGAUUAAGCAUAUAAAACUUUAAUGGAAUCUGAAAAAAGAAAAGUUUAUAUAAGAAUUAUGAGAGAAGCUAGAGAAAAAACUGAAUUUGAAAGACUUAGAGAAAAUAAAAGAAGAGAAAAAACUGGAGUUGCUCAAUUACCGCGUAUAUUGUUAUUCAAUUAUUUAAGCUGAUACAUUUGAAAGUGAUUUUUAAAAAUAAUGCAAGAAUUUAUUUAGUGAAAUAGAAGAUAGAAAAUAACAUCUUAUGAGAUUAGAAUAAUCAUAAAAGAGAUAUAAAUUAGAUGAAUAUGAAAGAAGAAAAAUGUUAGAAUAAUAUAAAAUUCUAACUGAAGAAGAAUGGGAAAAAACAAGAGAUGAUAGAGUUAAUAAAUGGAGAGAAUUUAAUAAUAAGAAAACUGCUAUUGGUACUAAAUAAUCUAAUAAAGUAUUAUUUUAUCAAACUAAUUCUAGGGUAUUAGACCUCCAACAGAAAAUAUGGAGUUUCGACCUAUCGAAAUGCCAAAUAAAAAAGGAGAUUUUAAAAAUAUUAAAUUAGAUUGAUCGUUUAUUUUCUAAUUCAUUUGAGACAAUAUAUUU